CCCAAGGGGGCCACUUGCAGACAGCCUGUAUCCCGCAGAGAAAGCCUCCUUGGGACUCUCUGAGGAGGACCUGGGCAGCUCCUGUUUUGGGAACAGCUGGGAUAGGCUCUCCUGGUGACCCUCUGGGUGGGGGGCAUCGCAUAGGUCUGCCCACCGGGGAGUGCACACAGCAGGCUCAGCUUCCUAGAGUGCCUCCCAGAGUGUGUUGCUAUGGGGUCACUGGGAGGCUCCUUGGGUGUGCGUUCGUGUGUUCAAGGGAAAUGUUACUGGAAGAGAUUUUCUCACAUUUGCACGUGAAUUUAUUUUUGCUAAUUUAUAAUCAGUUUUGUUCUAAAGCACUUGUAACUGCCCUCAUCCCUGGAUUGACAAAUGCAUAACCUGGGAAGCGUAUUUUCACUGUGGACGCUGUGUGAGGACAAAGUCCUUCCUCAGGCUGUGGACCUCUGUAUGUGUGUCGGGCUGGAAACCAGCGGAUCCUCUUAGAAGGGUUGUGUUGGCCGCAGCUGCAGGCAUGUGGCCAGAGGCCAUGGGUUGCCGGGAGGCCGUGGGCCAGGGAGAGGAGAUGCUACUUAUUCCAUGUGGUGUGGAGAAGAGUAAGCUGGCCGCUGUCCUCACAUGUUCAUGUACAAGAAGAUUCCAGAGUGGCCCCUGGGUGCCUCUGGGUGUCCCGUGACACCGAUGAGGGGGCCUGUGGUGGGGCUCAGUCACUGACCCACGGCUCGGCCCUCCCCAGGCAGCCCAGGUUGGGGAGCGCUUGCCUCCACGGCAGCAUCCAGGGCACGGGCAGCUUUGCCUGGAGAGGGCAGGCCCUGCCAGGUCCACCUCUGACAUUCUGGGAGCCACAAGGACACUGCCAGCCCAGAGCGGGCAGCAGACCAUCCGUGUGGCCUGGAUCCCAUUCACAGACUGUGGAUCUGGAAAUGCUUCCUCUGCUUCUCACCCUGAGAUGGGCUAGGCCUGAGAAGUGGUGCCAGGAGGCUCACGGGGUCUUCACUGAGCCUUAGAGGAGUCUCCGUUGAUCUCUCGGAGGAGACGGGAGGGAUCCUGCCUGUUACACUGAAGAGGGAGUCCUGAAGCUUUGAGGAGCUUGAAAACCAGCCCGUUCCUAUACAGACAUAGAAACCAAGGCCCUGCAGGAGCAGUGACUUGGCCACAGUCAGGUGAGGCCUUCUGCGGAGCCCUUGGAAGGUUCUGGAGCCUCUGGAGCAUCUAGUGUGAAUUUCUUCUCCUUGGCGUGGGGUUAUUUGCUCUAAGGUGGGGAAACUGCUUUCCUCUCUGGGAAAAAUGAACCUUAGCUUUUCUUCACUGACAUUUCUUCGGUUCCAGCUGAAGGCAAGUUGGCUUCUCGAGGCUGCCCUUGUUCUGAGGUGCUGGUUGUGGGGGUGACCCCCCCGGGCACUGCCAGACCAGGGGUGUGGUGGCCCAGCUCCCCGAGAGCCUGCUUGGGCGAGUGGCCAUGACCUCCCCCAGCAGAAGACCCCCUCAGCCCAGGAGGCCUGAGCGGCAGGAGGAGCCUGGGAAGUCCCGCGCCUGGGACCUGCUGGGGCAGGACCCCCCCCCCGCCCCGGACGUCAGGGUGCGGGGCCUGGUGGCUGUGGCGGGGCUUAGGUCCAGCUCACCUGGGAGCCAGGUUCCCAGAAGGGGCAGUACCUACUGACCACUGGAGGGGUGCAGACAGGCAGGUCCUUGGCCUCUUCUGGCUACCCCCCUGCCACCAGCUGGACCCUGCCCUGCCCACCGGACACCCCACCUCCUCCUCAACAGUGCAUAUCUUCCUGGGGCUGAUGGCUUAAUCUGAGACCCACUGGAUGGGAAGAGAGCCCGCAGCUGCUGGGCUCCAGGGUCAGGUUAAUUGAAGAAGCAAUUGGAUAGGAGGUGGGGAGAGGGAGGGGGUAGGGCUGGGAUCCUGGGGCCUCCCUCCUGCUCCCUCCCUCCUUUGCUCAGAGGAGCCAACUUCAAAAGCCUUGUCUGCCUGCCGCCAGCCUGCCCUGCUGCAGCCUGCCCUGGGAAGCCCUGUUGGCCAGGCUUGGAGCAGGAGGACCUGGAGUGGCAGCCACACUCCCUCCCUACCUGGGGACCCAGGAUCAUGUGCAAGGCCCACUGGCGGGAGUGAGGGAGGGCCUUGCCCUGAGAGGCCCAUGGUGAGUGGCAUUGGGCCAUUGGGGAAGGGGCUCACCCACGGCCGCAGAGGGUCUGGGAGUGAGCAUAUCCCAGGGGAGGCUGCAUGACCUUCCGUGCCCUACUGGGAAAUCCCCCUCGGUUCCCGUCACCUUGGCCUGGCCCCGGUGCUCUUGUCUGUUCUUCCCGGCAGUGGGGGGAGGGGGAAGGGGGUCUGCUGGGCCGUCCUGGUGCCAGGGCUGCCCUGACUGGGCUGGGAGAUGGGCAGGCCUUCCGAGGAGCACCUGGGCAGCCCUCCUACCCCAUGGGGAUCUCUCUCCAGCACCCACAGCUCCUGCUCUGGCUGUGACCUCUGACCUGCCGGGCAUGCCUGGGGGCAGGUUUGAGGAGGGGCUACAGCAAAUGGCAUCUGCUCCUCCUGCCAGUGCUGCACCCCAGGUCUCUGUGCUGGUUGGGGUGCUGCUCGGUCAGGCUCCCCUCCUGGGGCUGGGAAGCGGAGUCGAGUCCUGCGUCUCGCUGGCUUCACAUGAUUAAUUUUCCAGUCGCUGUUUGACUCCAGCCGGGGGGCCUGAGGGUGGGUGUGUGGCCCAGGGUCUGGGAACUAGCUGCUCUCUCUCUUUGAUGUUGGGGCUUCUCGGUGGGGGUGGGCUUCUCCCCAAGCCAGUCCCUUCUGGAGGGGGAGGCCUGUAGAAGGACUGUCCGGUGGGGCACCAAGUGGCCCCUUCCUCCCUUGUCCCUGGGGGUUUCCCCAAGCCUUCCCCUCCCAAAGGGGUGUGGCCUUGAGCUCUGAGCCCUCAUCCCUGUCCUGGCGGGAGUGAGGGAGGGCCUCGCUGGAGGCUGAGGGGGGGGGCUGAGGUGCAGGGGUACCCCAUUUCCCAUGGCGGUGAGAGCUGCUGGUGGCAGAUCCAUUGAUGAGGAGUGGGAGCAGGUCAGUUCUGCCCCUGCUGUGGGGACCCAGAAGUGAGCAGUGUUCUGGGGAGCAGGGGGUGCUCCUCAGGAAGAGAGCCUGGCUCUGGUGGGGGUUGUGUCAGGGAAGUGUGGGGAUGAGGUAGGGCACGGCCAGGCGAGAGGCCGUACCCCUAGACCAAGGUCAGCCCUGCCCCCCAGUCUUCUGGACUCUUGGCCCGGUGCUGCUGCCGCUGGAGUGCCCUGUCUCCUUCCUGGCCCUUCAGGGCUCAGUGGGCCUGCCUUCCCAGCCACUCCCCCCACCCCAUAUCAUUCACCCCACAGAUCUCUGCCUCGAGUGUUGAGCUGUCUGGUUUGCAGGCCUACUGUCUAUCCUUCCUCUGCUCGGUCCAUGCCUAGAUCAUGAGCGGCACCGUGACCUCUCCAUUUUAUACCAGCUCAGAGAUUCCCUGGUUGUUGUCUGGGGGGCUGUCCAAAGCAAACUGCCUGAGGGCUUGCUAUAGGGGAGGCCCCCUCCCCAGGCCUGAGCACCCCACCCUGACGCAGUGUCCCUUCCAGGUGCCUCCCAAGCCUGCACUCUGGGCGCUCCUGCUGGCUCUGCUGGGGAUGGCCCCUGGCCAGGCAGGGCUCCGCACCUGCAGCGUCCCUGACGUGCUCCACCACUACCGAGCGGUCAUCUUUGAGGACCUGCAGGCCGCUGUGAGGCAGGGUGGGCCAGGGGCACAGUGGACUGGGCCAGGCUCCCAACACCUCCAUUUCAUUCAGAAAAACGUGACUGGACCUGCAGCCCCUGGAUGGCGGGGUCGGGUGGGAGCUUCCUGCAGUGCCCAGAAGGAGCACAGUAUCCUACUGUCCAUUGCGUCCCUGGGUCGGACCCUGCGCAGGGUGGUGGCCCGGGGCCGCCGCGGGGCACUGGAGAAAGCAGCGUGGACCGUAGCCUUGCGCACCGAGGCGGUGAUGCGGCGCCACUGCUGGAUGCUGCGCCAGCGGAGCCGGUGGCCCGAGAGGCGCCCUCCCCGGCGUCGCGGCAGCCGGAGGAGGCUCCUACUGCGCGCCCUGGACGCCGUCGCCACCUGCUGGGAGAAGCUCUUCGCGCUGCGCGCGGCGGCCACGGAGGGCGCCUAGCGCGCUUCCUGCGCGGGCCCGGGAACAGCCGGCGGGGCCGCGGAGCCUGGGAACGAGCUUCGUUAGGUGACGACCGCGUUCUCUCCCUCUUGGCUCACCGCUGGGUCCCGGCCCCUCCCUUGUCGGAGCCCGCGCUCCUCGGAGGGCGCUAGACCUGGAGGUGAUGCUCCGGGCGCCAAGCCAGGACUCAAUAAA